AUGUAUCAUAACAAAUGUAUUGUAAUUGGUGAUUCUAAUGUUGGAAAAAGUUCAUUAAUUACCACAUACGCAACGAACAAAUUUCCGAAAACAAUUAAACAAAAGUUAACACCCUCCUGGGAUUAUGUCAAAUAUAUUAAGUACAAAAACAAGAGCCUAUUCUUAGAAAUAUGGGAUACUUGGGAUGAUGAUGAUUACAAAAAUUUCAGACCAUUAAUGUAUCCUAUGACAGAUGUAUUUUUGAUAUGUUUCUCCGUAACAGAUAAAAAAUCAUUUUAUAAUGUUAAGAAAAAGUGGCGUAAAGAAUUACGUUCAGAAUAUUCAAAAGUACCAAUUAUUUUAGUUGGAACUAAAAUAGAUUUAAGAGAUGAAAAUGCAUCAACAUAUGAUAAUAAUCAACAAUUUAUAAAAUCUUCAAAAGGUUUAAAGAUGGCUAAAAAAAUUGGUGCAGUCAAUUAUUUUGAAUGUACAUCUCUAAGAAAUCUGGGAUUGAAAGAAAUUUUUGAUGAAGUUGCCAAAUUAAUAUUGUGUCGUCGUAGUAAUGAAAAAAAAACGAAGAAACACAAAUGUUCAUUAAUGUAA